UCUAUCAGCCAGUGUCAGUGUGGGUUUGGCGCGCGGUGUGUGUGUGCUGGUGAGCGUGGCUGUGGUUGAGUUGCUGUGUUCGUAACUUAAGUGUGUGCGCGUUGGUCUGCGAGUGUCCUGCGCUAUGGCUCCUAAGAAAGCGAAGACCGUGGCUGUGGUUGGUGCUGGCUUGGUGGGCACUCUGGAGGCCUGCAUGAUGGCUAAGAGAGGCUACGAGGUGCACCUUUACGAGUACCGCCAAGAUAUCCGGCAGAUGGAGCACGUACCAGGCCGCAGCAUCAACUUGGCCAUGAGUGUGCGAGGGCGGACAGGGCUGCGGGCGGUGGAUGUGGAGGAUCAGAUUGUACAGCGGCACGGCAUAGCGAUGAGGGCAAGGAUGAUCCACUCACUAGAUGGCACCACCAGGACCAUCCCUUAUAAUAGAGAGAACAAGUGCAUCUUCUCCGUGGGGCGUCGAUUUGUGAACGAGGUGUUGCUGACGAGAGCUGAGGACUUCCCAAACGUGACAGUUCACUUCAACCACAAGCUGGAGACAUGUGACCUGGAACGAGGCGAGCUGACCUUCACCGACACGCUAACUGGAGAGAGGGUGAACGCCAAGGCAGACCUGCUGAUAGGCUGUGACGGCGCAUACUCCAACAUGAGGAAGCAGAUGUUGAAACGAGCACACUUCAACUACAAGCAGGAAUAUAUCCCACACGGAUACAUGGAGCUGUGCAUUCCCGCCACGCCAGAGGGGAAGUUCGCCAUGCCCCACAAUUACUUGCACAUUUGGCCCCGAGGGAAGUACAUGAUGAUCGCCCUGCCCAACCAAGACUGCAGCUGGACCGUCACUCUCUUCAUGCCCUUCGAUAUAUUUGGCACCCUGAAUACUGCGGAGAAACUGCUAAGCUUCUUCCAGGCUAAUUAUCCAGACGCCAUCCCGCUGAUCGGCAAGGAGAAGCUGAUUAAUGAUUUCUUCAACAACAAACCACUGCCCAUGAUAUCAGUCAAGUGUUCUCCGUAUCACGUGGGCAACACCAGCGUGAUCAUGGGAGACGCAGCCCACGCCAUGGUUCCUUUCUACGGCCAGGGAAUGAACUGCGCAAUGGAGGACUGCGUGGUGCUGGACGAAAUCCUUGACCAGUGUGGGGAUGACCUGACGGAGGCGCUGCCGGCGUAUUCCAAGAGGAGGAACCCUGACGCUGAGGCAAUUGUCGAUCUGGCGCUGUACAACUACGUAGAGAUGCGGGAUCUCGUCAACUCACCGCUGUUUCUGCUGCGUAAGAAGCUAGACGACUUCCUAAGCAUUAUCCUCCCGGGGCGCUGGCAGCCACUCUACACCAUGGUCACCUUCUCUCGCCGGCCUUACAGCAGCUGCAUUGCCGACAAGACAUGGCAGGAUAAGAUAAUCGGGCGCGUGAGCAGGGUGGCGGGGGUGGCCUGCGUGGCUGCCCUGGCUAAGGUGGCGCUGCAGGCAGUGCGGGAACCUGCAGCACAAGCAAGCGGGCCGUGACGCGCUCAUGUGGGUGUCGCAGGCCGCUAGCAAGGCGUGGCAGGGAUAAGGGAAAGGAAAGACGAGGAGGACAAGUAAAAAAGGAACGAUUCAGCAAAUGAGAUGAGAAGAAAAAGUAAGGAGUGAAUGAAGGAAGAUUGAAUAAACGAGUUACAAAAGGAAGGAAGAUUGAAUAAAUGACAGGAG